AGUUGUGCACGAUGAAGAGGACCGGUGAAUGCCACAGUGCGCGUUUCAUCGCGUUUGCGUCUCUUCUCUUCGUUGUUCUCGUCGCUGAAGCGGCGGUGCUCGAUCGUCAAAAACGAGAAUUUGUUAUUCCAGACUGGAUCGAGAUCGUGGACGAACCUGUUGCAGAAAAUUCGAAAACGAUUCAAAGGGCGGUUCGAGUGAGGGACGCGAAGGUAACAUACGAUGGCGCACAGGUUUGGAGGAUCCAGGCAUCCGAGACGCAGAAGGACUUGGUAGCGAACGUGACCAUGGACUGUCAGGAGGCUGGAUUACUCUCUUUAUGGGUUGGAAACGACACAGCAGUGGACGUAAUGGUUCGUUCGGAAGAAAUUUCAAGAGUGUCUCGCUACUUGAAACAAAAAGAUCUACAAUAUCAAGUAGUGAUCGAGGAUUUGCAGAAAGCGAUAGACGAAGAGAAUCCAUCGCUUUCCCAGGAAGAGAUGGACGAACUGGAAGGUCGCAAAGCUCGUUCUGCUUGGUGGCAGGGAGUCGCGAUUAGGGUGCCAAAUAGAUAUUCACGUCCUCGUCCUCUUCGUUAUCCUGUAGCUAGCGUGUACGGUAUCGGUGGCCCUUGGCGUUUCAGGGGUCAUCGAAUGGAAUGGACCAGUUAUCAUCGACUCGAGGACAUUCAUGGAUACCUUGAUUACCUCGCUGAGACGUUUCCCGACGUUUGUUCCGUUGUCAGCAUUGGUAACUCUGUCGAGGGCAGACCUCUUAAGGUUUUAAGAAUCAGCAAUGGAAAAGCAGACGCCCCAGCAUUGUGGAUCGAUGGAGGCAUCCAUGCUCGAGAAUGGAUCUCACCAGCGGCAGUGACUUACAUUAUCAAUCACUUGGUGGAAAAUAGCGAGGACCUCGAGGCUGAUUAUUAUAUUCUUCCGGUGGUAAAUCCUGAUGGGUACGAGCACACGUUCACGAGAGACCGUUUAUGGAGAAAGAACAGGAGAAGGUCUGUUGGUAGUCUGUGCACCGGAGUCGAUCUUAAUCGGAACUUUGGUUAUCGGUGGGGUGGCUUGGGAACUAGCAAAGAUCCCUGUCGUGAAAUUUAUGCAGGCUCUGGACCAUUCUCUGAACCGGAAACCAACGCCAUUCGAUACUUUUUCGAAGCUAGCGCUGCUAAUUUUAAAGCAUAUCUAACAUUCCACAGUUAUGGCCAAUACAUUUUGUACCCAUGGGGUUAUGACAAACGCGUUCCACCUGAUUAUGCUGAUCUUGAAAACGUUGGCAGACAAGUAGCGGCUGCAAUGAAAAAAGCAGGGGGUGCCAACAGCGUUUACACGGUUGGAAACAGUGCUACUACCCUCUACGCAGCUUCCGGUGGCUCCGAUGAUUGGGCCAAAGCUAUUUUGAAAAUGAAAUACACUUACACGAUAGAAUUGAAAGACACUGGAAAAUAUGGUUUCGUUUUACCAGCUCAUUAUAUAAUUCCGACAGCUAAGGAAGCGUUGGCCGCGGUCAUGGUCGUUACGGAAGCUUGCAAAUCGUUGUAACCAUUGACUCGUGGCGUAAUUGUAUAAAUACAAGUUGAUAUCGGUUGUUGUGUGUACGGUGUAUCUGUGUAUUGUAAUUAUUAGCGGAUAAGGCGAGUGAUAAUUAACGAAUGAUUAUUUAUUAAAUAAAACAAAUUAACAAUAACAAUCCGUCGGUAUCA